AUGGCGUCUUCGCGGGUGCCGGAACAGAAAGAGCGGCCGCCGACGGAGCCCCCGGAGCCCUGCGACGGACCGGCCGGCGGCCCGGCCCCGCAGAGCGGCGGGGGCGACGGCGACCCCCGGCCCGGGAGGGGGCCGCGGCAGGAGGAGGAGGAGGAGGAGGAGGACGGAGGUGAUGGAGCCGGCCCGGCAGAGGCGGCGGCGGCGGCGGAGGAGCCCCCCCCGGGCUCCCGGCAGCAGCAGCGGCGGCGUUGGAGGGCGGCGGAGGAGCUGGUGGAGGAGGUGGUGGUGCGGCGCUUCCAGUGCCGGCGGUGCCCCUUCCGCAGCGCCGCCCGGCAGACGCUCCUGCNGGGGGAAUGGAGGGGGGCUCCUCCUCUGGCUGCAGGAUGUGGCGACCCCGCCCCGAAGAGGGGCCGCCCUCGCAAGGGGGCUGCGGUGCCCGAGGAGGAGGAGGAAGGGGAGCAGCAUCAGCAGGAGGAAGAGGAGGAGGAGGACAUUGUGGACGCUGGUGCUAUCGAUGACCCCGAAGGUGACAGCGACUACAACCCGGCGGAGGAUGAGCCCCGCGUGCGCCUGCCCAAGAUCGGCCGCCCGCUGCCCCCAUGCCCCAAGCAGGGACUGCGCCGGCGCCCCGGGAGGCCCCGCAAGUUCCCUCGCCUGGAAGGGGCCCCUCGGCCGGAAGGCGGUGAAGUGGAGCCAGCCGUCCCCUCACCGUGUGACCCGCAGGGGGACGCGCAGAGCUCCGAGGUGGCCAGCUCCGUCCCCCCUGACGCCAGUCGCCUCGCGGAAGUGGCGGUGAGCCAGUCGGACUCGGAGAACAGGGACCCGUCGUCCCACGGCGAGCCUGAGGCACUUCCCCGCCGACGAGGCCGGCCCUCCCAUCGGUUCCUGGGCAAGAAAUACCGCAAGUACUGCUACAAGUCCGCCAAGCCGUUGAUGCGGCCGUACCUGUGCCGGAUCUGCGGCUCCCGCUUCCUGACCCACGAGGACCUGCGCUUCCACGUGAACUCCCACGAGGCCGGGGACCCCCAGCUCUUCCGCUGCCUGCAGUGCAGCUACCGCUCCCGGCGCUGGUCCUCGCUGAAGGAGCACAUGUUCAACCACGUGGGUCGGAAGCCCUACAAGUGCGAGGAGUGCGAUUACACCAGCGUGUACAAGAAGGACGUCAUCCGACACUCUGCCGUGCACAACCGGGACAAGAAAAAGCGAGCCGACCCAGCUCCCAAGCGGAGCUCCUUCCCCUGCCCGGUCUGCGGCCGAGUCUACCCCAUGCAGAAGCGGCUCACCCAGCACAUGAAGACGCACAGCUCCGAAAAGCCCCACAUGUGUGACAAGUGCGGGAAGUCCUUCAAGAAGCGCUACACCUUCAAGAUGCACCUGCUGACCCACAUCCAGGCGGUGGCCAACCACAGGUUCAAGUGCGAGUUCUGCGACCACGUCUGCGAGGACAAGAAGCUGCUCCUCAACCACCAGCUGCUCCACAUCAACGACCGCCCCUUCCGGUGCAACCUCUGCGCCUACGCCACCGUCCGCGAGGACUUCCUGCUCUCCCACAUGGCCGUCAAGCACACAGGCGGGAAGCCCUUCGGCUGCGAGCUCUGCCACUUCUCCACCAAGCACAAGAAGAACCUGCGCCUGCACGUCCAGAGCCGGCACCCGGAGGCCUUUGAGGAGUGGGAGCAGCAGCACCCGGAGGAGGGGCCCUGCCGACGGCGCCCCUUCUUCACCCUGCAGCAGAUCGAGGAGCUGAAGCAGCAGCACGGCCAGGCCCAGACGCCCCCCGAGGGCCCCCCGCCCGUGGAGAGCUCCACAGAGGUGACCACGCAAACCGCCCUGGACCUCCUGCUGAACAUGAGCGGCCAGCGGGAGCUGCCGGCUGGUACCCUGGAGGUGGCCGUGGUGAAGGCGGUGAAGAAGCCCCCGGAGUCCCAGGGCCAGGAAGAGGAGCUGCAGGCCAGCCUCCUGGCCACCCAGGGGGUGGAGCAGAGGGAGCCCCCCCUCCCGUCCUCCCCGGGGGCCCCUGAGGUCCAGCACAUCGCCGUCCCCUUCUGCGGCGCCUCCGAGUACAGGGUGGUGGCCCCCAGCGCAGAGGUUGCCAGCACGCUGUACAGCAAGGAGGCGGCUCCUGGCGAAACUGCGCAGACGGCGACCCAGGACUCCCCGGAGGGCCCUGCACUCCUAGAGGGGCCCCAGCAGCAGCAGGAGCCCCCAGCGCCUCCUGGGGAGAUCACCGUGGAGCCCCUGCCGGCCGUCCAGUGGCCGGUGGUGCGCUGCCUGGCCUGGCAGGCCCCCCCGGAGCAGCAGGAGCCGGAGGCCGGUGCGAUCCCUCUGGUCCUGGCGGAGCAGCCCCCGCGCAGGGCCUCCCCGGGCAAGGCCCCCCCGGCCAAGAAGUUCUCCUGCAAGAUCUGCAGCGCCUCCUUCGCGGGCCGGGCGGAGAUGGAGAGCCACAAGAGGGCCCACGUGGGGCCCAGCGGCUUCAAGUGCCCCGACUGCCCCUUCACGGCUGCCGCCUGGCCGGAGGUCCGGAGCCACCUGGAGCAGCACGCCAGCCUCCGGCCCCACAAGUGCCAGCACUGCAGCUUCGCCUCCAAGAACAAGAAGGACCUGCGCAGACACACCCUGACGCACACCAACGAGAAGCCCUUCGCCUGCCACAUCUGCGGCCAGAGGUUCAACCGGAAGGGCCACCUCAAGUUCCACAUGCAGAGGCUGCACAGCUCUGAGGGAAGACCGGCCCCCGAGCCCCUCCCGGCCACCUCCCAGACCAUCAUCCUGAACAGCCACGAGGACACCCUGGCCACGCUGCAGACGGCCCUGCAGUGCGGGCCGGAGAGGCUCCCGCAGGCCCUGGAGCAGGAACACAUGAUCGUGACCCAGGAGGAGGACGGCCCCGACGAGGAGGAAGCCACCUACAUCCAGGAGAUCAUGGCCACGGCAGACGGGCAGAUGGUGCAGCACCUGGUGACCACCGAGAACCAGGUGCAGUACAUCAUAACCCAGGAGGGCGUCCAGCAGCUCCUGCCCCACGAGUACGUGGUGCUGCCCGAGGGCCACCACAUCCAGGUGCAGGAUGGCCAGAUCACCCACAUCCAGUACGAGGAGGGCAGCCCGUUUGUGCAGGAGCCCCAGAUCCAGUAUGUGCCAGUGUCCCCUGGGCACCAGCUUGUCACGCAAGCCCAGCUGGAGGCAGCAGCAGCAGCGACACACUCGGCCGUGACAGCCGUGGCGGAUGUGGCCGUGGCCCACGCUCCCUUUGGCACGGAGUCCGGGCCGGAGCAGCUGCAGCCGGGCAUCCACUACGACAUCAUCACCCUUGCAGAGUGACCGGACUUUGCGCCCAAAGAGGCCGCCCGCUUUCUUGGCACUUUGGGGCAGCCAAAGGACCAGCCUUCCCUCCGGAUUGUGC